AUGUGGGGAUGCAGCCAUCCAACACCACCUGCCCACGGGAGCAACGUGGCCAAACUGGUCCCGCGGGGAUCCAGGACCCGAGUCACAGGGGACGUGGUCAUCCCGGGGGGCUCCCACCCGGCCCUCGCCACCCCCCCUCAGGGUCCCGGUGUACGGCAUUCACCGUGCCCCGUUUUUGGUGACCAGUGCAUUUCCCACGGGCACCCAGUGGGUGCUGGGCCACCCCACGCCAGUCUGCUGGGCCCCAAAAGCCCCCGCUGCACCAACACCCGCCCGGUCCCGGCCCCCACAGCAGCGGGGCGACGUCCCCCGGGAUCUCAGCGACUUUCCCGGGGAACUUCCAGCUGGAAACCCCCCGCCCCGGGGGGGAGCCCCGGGAGCGGGGAUCGGACCAUCCCCGGUAGGGCCCGGGAAGGGUCCCCGAACGUCACCGGGGCCCUCAAACCGGCCCCGAGCCCCGCUCUCGCCCUUCCCGGUACGGUUGUACAGCUCCGGUGCACCGACCCCCCCUCGCCCCCCCCGUACCGCACCGGCUACCGCCAGUGCUCCCGGUACACGGCCCCCGGGGGCCAUCACCCCCUUCCCCGGUGCACCGACCGUCCCGUUGCGGUGAGCCCCGUGGGCCGGGCCCGCGCCGCCUUUCCCGUGCUGUGCCGUGCCCGGCGGGGAGCGGAGCGAACAGACCGGACCGGGGCGGCCGCCACCGGGCGCCGCCGCCCCGAUGUCCGGCCUGUUUACACCGGGGCGGCGCGUACCACAGCGGCGGGGGGGGAGGAGGGGGUCGACCGCCACGCUGAGCCCCCCGCCGCGCUGAGACGCCCCGGGCGGCUCACGCUCCCCGGUUACCGGACGUGGCGUCGGGAUCCCGGUGUGGCUCCCACCUUUCCCCCCCCCUUCCCCCCCCCACCCGCCACUGUGGUUCGUCCCGCACCGCCGCGAUUGGCCGAGCGCUUAAAGGGGCAGGCAGGGCGCGCUUUUCCGCCCUCCGACGCGGCGGCGCGUGCCCCCUCGCCGGCGCGGCGUUCCGCGGGGGGGGCGGCGGCGGCGACGGCGGCGGCGGCGGCGGGCGCGCGGCCCCCCGGCCCCCCCCCCCCCCCCCGCAGCGGCGCCAUGGAGCCGGCGGACGGCGGCCGCCGUGGGACACAAAGGGCAGCGCGGCGGCGGCGGGUGGCAGCGCGGCGCGGCCCUAUGGCGGCGGCGGCAGCAGCAGCGGGGCCCGGCCCGGGUGGUGGUGGUGCUGGUCGCGGUCGCGGUCCUCCACGGUACAGCCUGUUGGCCGAAAUCGGGCGCGGGGCCUACGGCGUGGUGUACGAAGCGGUGUCGGGCCGUAGCGGCGCCCGGUUGGCGGUGAAACGGAUCCGUUGCGACGCCCCCGAGAACGUGGAGCUGGCGCUGGCGGAAUUCUGGGCCCUGACGAGCCUCCGGCGGCAGCACCCCAACGUGGUGCGCUUCGAGGAGUGCGUCCUGCAGCGGCACGGCCUGGGCCAGCGCAUGAGCCACGGCAACAAGCGCAGCCAGCUCUACCUGCGCCUCGUCGAGACCUCCCUCAAAGGUGAGAGGAUCCUGGGCUAUGCAGAAGAGCCUUGCUACCUGUGGUUCGUCAUGGAGUUCUGCGAAGGGGGAGACCUCAACCAAUAUGUGCUCUCACGAAGACCAGACCCGGCGACAAACAAGAGCUUCAUGCUGCAGUUGACCAGCGCCAUUGCCUUCCUACACAAGAAUCAUAUUGUCCACCGGGACCUGAAACCAGACAACAUCCUGAUAACUGAGAAGUCUGGCACCCCUGUUCUCAAGGUGGCUGACUUCGGGCUGAGUAAGGUCUGCGCUGGCCUGACUGCUCGGGGCAAGGAGGGUGGGCGUGAGAACAAAAAUGUGAAUGUGAACAAGUACUGGCUGUCUUCAGCUUGCGGCUCCGAUUUCUACAUGGCGCCCGAGGUUUGGGAGGGACACUACACCGCCAAGGCUGACAUCUUUGCCCUCGGCAUCAUCAUCUGGGCCAUGAUUGAGAGGAUAACUUUCAUCGACGCGGAGACCAAGAAGGAGCUGCUGGGGACCUACAUCAAGCAGGGGACCGAGAUUGUGCCCGUUGGGGAAGCGCUGCUAGAAAACCCAAAGAUGGAGCUGCACAUCCCUCAGAAACGCAGGACUUCCAUGUCUGAGGGGAUCAAGCAGCUCUUGAAAGACAUGUUGGCUGCUAACCCACAGGAUCGACCUGAUGCCUUUGAGCUUGAAACCAGAAUGGACCAGGUUACAUGUGCUGCUUAAAUUCAGGGCAGGGCACUGCUGUGCUUUGCAGCUGGGUUAAUUUACCAGGGACCCAAAAUCUCCAUUAUUUACGUGCAACGAGGGAAGUCAAAGAUAUAAGGGAAGAUGAUGAUACAGAAGAUCCCUGGUCUGCAGGAUCUCUGGCAAUGUGAAAUCUUUGGGUGUUACUUUUUGUUGGGAAGAGGUGUUCUGGGGGUGUGGGAGAGGUCUGCAGGGGCCUGUAGAAGAGCACAAGCUGGCAACUAUCACGCUCGUGAGACUUUUAAACAAGAUCCAGACAGUAGAUCCCCUGCCCAGCCCUCCCCAUGUCUCCUGUGCUGCCAUUGACUCAGUAGAUGUUUCUAGGGAAGAUCUGGUUCCAUAAGGAGGUGGGAAUUGGCAGUCCGGCAGCGAGGUGUGCUGCCAGGCACCAGCUCUGAGUCCUACUGGGCACAACUCUGGGCUUAAAGCUAUUGCUUUCACCUAGGGGAAACAGGAG